UUGUGUGGGGACUACGCACGAAAUGGCAAGAUGUUGCUUUUCAUUUUGAGCGGAUAGUAGGUGGACGAUACCAUAAAAAACUGCAUCAAGAUGUAUCAAGUUUUGAUCUUUGUUAUUUUGCUGACGACAGCAAAUGUUUUGGAGGGAAAUAAUGAUAAAAUCAAGUGCGAAGACGACCCACAAACAAGUGCAGUUUGUCCAGCUUGGAAAAAAGCUGGAGCGUGUGAGAACAACAGAGAUACAAUGCGAAUUUAUUGUCGAAAGACCUGCAAUGACUGUAGACCGCCAUCACCACCUGUGCCAAAAAUCCCGAAAUGUGCCAGUACACAAUACGGAUGCUGUUGGGAUAAUGUAACUGUAGCCAAAGGUCCAACUAAUGACAUUUCGCAAUCUCAGUGCAUGCCUUGUUUAAACAGAGGUAGUAAGACAUUUUGCAAUAACUGGAAGUCUGAUUGCAACAGUGCCAUUAUUGGACAAGGCGAUGUUAUGAGAACAAGAUGUCCUGAGACAUGUCAAGUACCAUGUGACUAUAACUUAAACAAAAAUCUAUGUCGUGAUGACCCUGCUUACAUUACAAGUUGUAUUCAGUGGUAUGCAGAUGGAAAAUGCACAAGUGAGCAAGCCAAAAUGAGAGUGCUGUGUGCAUCUAUGUGCGGCUUCUGUAGUACUGCUGGAAGGUAAAGAUGUUGAAAAUGUAUAUUCUCAUAUUUCAGAAUACUUCUGUUGAUAUGGUUGAA